AUGGCGUUGCUCGAAAUGGUCUCGUCCAUCACCUAUGACUUUGGAAAGGUCCUGCACAUUACUCUCAGGCUCGCAACAAGGGACCAGCACCUUUCCAACCUCAGCAUGCAGCUCACCCAGCAGCUCGGCCUCAUGGCCCUCGCCAGCACAGCCUCGGCCUUUGUCGUCGACGUUUUCUCGGGCGAGCGCUGCACCGGCCAGUCGCAGAACGUCAAUGUCUACGACAACACCUGCGCGGCCUGGAUGAUCGGCUACCGGUCGUUCAGGGUCAAGACUUGGUGGGCUGUACGUCUUCUUGUUUCGUGCUCCGCCGCCCGAUGA